AUGCAUUCCUCCGAUAGCAUCGACGAAAAGAAACUUUGGCAUGAGGCGGAAGGUCUCCGUCGCAUCGCCUUCUUCGGCAUUUGUAUCAGCACCGUCGCCACUCUGACGGCCAUCGUUGCUAUUCCGGCUCUGUACAACUACAUGCAGCAUGUCCAGUCUUCCCUGCAAACCGAAGUUGACUUCUGCAAACACCGAACGAAUGGUCUCUUCAACCAGUACGAGCGUAUGCAGAGAAUCAAGGGAGUUCGAGGAGGAAUCGUGAAGCGUCAAGCCGGCUACGAUGCACCAAGCGAAUACCCAUCUGAUGCUGGACAGUCCGGUGGUUGCUGCAGCUGCAAAUCAGGACUUGCCGGACCACCUGGCCCCCCUGGACAAGAUGGUCCCGAUGGAAAGGACGGUCAACCAGGAUCCAAUGGUCAACCUGGCACUGAUGCCGAACCUGAUGCAGUACCUACCGCUGAUGACUUCUGCUUUGACUGCCCUGCUGGUCCUCCAGGACCACCAGGAAACCCAGGACCCAAGGGACCUAACGGAAACCCUGGAGCUGAUGGACAACCUGGACCCGAUGGUCAACCUGGACAGCCCGGACCCCCAGGACCUCCAGGACCCCCUGGAUCUGAUGGACAGCCCGGACAGCCUGGUCAACCUGGAGCACCUGGAGUUGUUGAGGAGGUAUCAGUACCCGAUGGACCACCAGGACCCCCAGGACCCCCUGGACCACCUGGACCCGAUGGACAGCCUGGAGCACCUGGACAGCCCGGACAAGCUGGACCUCAAGGACCACCCGGAGACCCAGGACGCGAUGGAGCCCCAGGAAACCCAGGAGCACCUGGAGAACAAGGACCUUCUGGAAACACCGGAGCUGGAGGUGGUUGCGAUCACUGUCCUCCUCCCAGAACUGCUCCUGGAUAUUAA